CAGCUCACCUCACCUCCCCGCGCCUGCCUGCUUGGACUUGUUUAACACCCACCACCGCUCCCUCCUCCCUCCUCCGGGUGACGUCGCCGCGGACCGCACCGGCGGCGGGGCGAGGCGCGGCGCGGCGCGGCCUUCUAUCUCCCGUGCUCCCCAGGAUGCCGGAGGCAAAUGCGGGUGCCCGCGGCGGCGGCGAGCAGCGCAGCAAGGUUCAGAGUUCGGACGUGAUGAGUUUCUUCAGUGAAUAUGGAGAUGCAAGCAGAUACAAGAUUGAGGAAAUCAUCGGCAAAGGGAGUUAUGGGGUGGUAUGUUCAGCCAUCGACCGGCAGACCGGCGACAGGGUGGCCAUAAAGAAGGUGUCCAACAUCUUCGAGCACAUAACCGACGCCGCUCGGAUGCUCCGCGAGAUCAAGCUUCUCCGGCUUCUCAGGCACCCCGACAUCGUCCAGAUCAAGCACAUAAUGCUGCCUCCCUCCAGGAGGGACUACAAGGACAUAUUUGUUGUCUUUGAGCUCAUGGACACGGACCUCCACCAGGUUAUCAAGGCCAACGAUGACUUGACAAAGGAGCACUACCAGUUCUUUCUCUACCAGAUGCUCCGCGCGCUCAAAUACAUCCAUACUGCUAACGUUUAUCAUCGUGAUUUGAAGCCAAAAAACAUAUUGGCAAAUGCAAACUGCAAGCUCAAGAUAUGUGAUUUUGGACUAGCAAGAGUUGCAUUCAAUGACACCCCUACAACUGUUUUCUGGACGGACUAUGUUGCCACUAGGUGGUACAGAGCUCCGGAGCUCUGUGGUUCUUUCUUUACCAAGUAUUCACCGGCUAUUGAUACCUGGAGCAUUGGUUGCAUUUUUGCGGAGAUCUUGACAGGAAAGCCUUUGUUCCCUGGUAAAAAUGUGGUUCAGCAGUUGGAUAUGAUGACUGAUUUCUUAGGCUCGCCGUCGCCUGAGAUUAUUUCUCGGAUUCGAAAUGAAAAGGCAAGGAGGUACCUGAGCAGCAUGAGGAAGAAACUGCCAGUACCUUUUGCAGAGAAGUUCCCCAAGGCAGAUCCUGCAGCAGUCAAGCUCUUGCAAAAGCUUCUAGCAUUUGAUCCAAAGGACCGACCGACUGCUGAAGAGGCGUUGGCUGAUCCCUAUUUCAACGGCCUCGCGAAAGUGGAGAGAGAACCAUCAUGCCAACCGAUUUCGAAAAUGGAGUUUGAGUUUGAACGCAGAAAGUUUACCAGAGAGGACAUCAAGGAACUUAUAUUCAGGGAGAUAUUGGAGUACCACCCUCAGCUUCUCAAGGACUACACCAACGGCUCUGAAAAAACAAACUUUCUAUAUCCUAGUGCUGUGGACAACUUCCGGAGGCAAUUUGCGAACUUGGAGGAAGAUGGAGGAAAAGGCGGGGCACCCGAGAGGAAGCAUGUUUCUCUGCCGAGGACUACAACAGUUCACUCUACCCCAGUUCCUACAACAAAUGGUCCGGCCUACCAAGCUCCUCAAAGGAUUCCAACAGCUAGACCAGGCCGAGUGAUUGCCUCAGCGACACCGACCGAGAACGCGGCCUUCGCCGACCGACAAACGGGCCGAAGGAUGGCGAGGGACCCCGCGGCUCCCCCAGCAGCAGCGGCUGCCGGCUACCACCAGAGGCCGGACUGCUCCGACAGGCAACAGGAGGUGGAGAAGGACCGCGCGCACUACAGGCCGGCGCACCAUUUCAGGGACGCCAGGGUGGCGCCCGAGGCCGAGUCGCGGCCCUCGGCGUACCACAUUCCCCCGUUCAACGGCAUCGCCGCGGUCGCCGGCGGGUACAGCAAGGUCGGCGUGGCAGGAAGGAUGUACUAGCGCAAUUGCUGGGCGAGUUUGCCGGGAGCUGGAGGACGGCCGUGAUCGAUGGCCGUUGUGGGGAAUGCAGGGGCUGGGAGGGUCUCAAAUUUAGGACGUAGGAGACAGCCGGACAAGGUGGUGCUCUUGUGUACAUAGAUAUUACCGGCAGCCAAAUUGGUUGGUCUGUUUUUCUGGGUUGAUAGAUAUGUUGAAAGUUGGAACAGUGAGCUCUGCUCUGAGAGGUGAAAGGGCCUCAGGGAGGGGGGAGGGGGUUGGGGGCUGUAGAGUUUCUCUUUUUUGUUUUGUUUCCGGAUGGUGUUAAUAGGAUGGAUGGAUGAAUAAAUGGAUGAUGAUGGAGGUUCUGAUGGCUUCUCCGUGGAUGAACUCAA